AUGGCGCGAACGCCUGCCCCGCUGCCCCGGGCCGGCCGGCAGCUUGAGGAGAAGACUGGGGCUGUUUUGCUUCUAAGCAUCUUAGACUGCCUGAGCUCGACAGCGCAAUCGAUGCGGGCAUGGAUCGGCUGGCGAAGCUACAGAAGGAGCCCCCGUGGUUUGCAAAGCUAUGAGACACCUUCGGUGGUGCUUGCAGGGAUAGCCCAGGGCUUGGCUUCACAUGCGCGUGGAGCUGUCAGCUGGGAUACAACCCGAACCAUGUGCUUUCAGGCGGGUUGGGUCAUUGUGUUCACCGGGCUCUUGUGA